GCUGUACAGCUCUGCUUACCUUGAUGUCUGUAGGGCCAUCGAUAUACUGAUAUCUCCUCACACAUGGACGGGUAAGGAGCAGUGGCCUCUCCUGCAGACUGACGAGGUACCUGUGCGCCGAAGACACGACUCGACAGCCACGGUUCUCAGCAGCCUGUCAGAUGCCGUAGCCCUGCGCGUCCCGUCGAACCACGCAUUCUCAGCAGAACGACAAUCCGACAGUGGAAAGGGCCGAAAGGCUGCCUGUUAACGCCUCGGCUGUGCGCGCGCAGUCAGUAUCUCCGGAGCCAAAUCGACUGUAUCGGGAUCGUCGAAGUUUCGCAACAAAUGCUCAAGGCCACAAACGCGACAGUGGCGACAAGAGAUAAUAAGCAUGACUACGAGUGCCGAUGGGUUUUGCAGGUGGGGCGCAACGUUCAGCACGAGCCUGUGACAGAGCGGCAAGAACAAGGAAAUCGGAGCUUCCGGUCUCACCGCCUCGCGAAGUACUAUGCACGGUUGUAUAAGGUUUCCACUUGCCACUUAGCGCUACUGGACGGUGGACGCAUGGCUGCUCUGACAAAAUCCCCCAUCUGACUAGCUACUCCUCCUAUCCGCUCCUCCAUCCUCGACCGCUGCUGCCCUCAGAGGACUCGCAUGGUCCUCGAUCAUACAAGAGCACCGUGACGAUGGCGCCUCUCUUAUCUCGGCUCGUCCAGCUCGCACCUCGCUUCAACGAUGAUUCCGGUGUCCUACACCAGCCCCAGUCCCUCAACAAAUCAUCCUUCACGCUCGACUCUUCUGGCGUAGCUGGUUUCUUCGGCGGUGACACCGCCGUCUCCGGAAUGGCCACCGUCAACCUCUUCAAGUAUCGUCGCUGGGGCGGAUGGUACAACACACCCGGUUCUUACGAGAUCGCGAAGCAAUACGGUCAGCUCGCGAACUCGCGCCUGUGGGACGGUCUCUUCCCUGGAGGCACACACGAUCCCUCACAGCUCUUUGGGCUCGACGGCAAGGCGGGGCCCGACUUCCUUGCAGCGCGCUCGGGAUCGAGCUUCACCCAUACCGGACAUCUCGCGUACCUCCUCACGCGCAAAGCCGGGCGCAUGCGCGGGGUGCGUGACGAUGCAGGUCGCACUACAACCCCCGCGAGCGUCACGGUCGUCGAUCUACAUCAUGUUCCCGAAGAGCGUGUGGAACCUCCCCUGCGCUGGAGCGGGUCAGGGCUGCUUGCGAUCAUUCCUAUCGCAGCUAGCUUCACGGCCUGCGUCAUUUGCGCGCUCACUUGGGACUGGUUCUGCUUCGCGAGUAUCGCCCUUGGCAUCAUCGCGAGUGGGUCAGCGUGCUUCGUCCUCGGUUCGGGCAAGCUCACGUUCAAGCAUCAUAACCCUGCGAAGGGCGCGCCCCCUGGAGAUGGCAUCCUGAAGGGCGGAGGCGGUGUUGUCGUGCUUCGCGGGCAGGAGGGUGCGGUCAACUCUGUUACGCGAGGUCGCUAUUUCCUCCGCUACCAGCCACCUCGCCCUUCCAAGUCACCAACGCGAACAGUUACGCGCCGGAAGACUCUGGGUCGGGGAUCUCUCGACAAGGGACUCCCGGACGGCAUGGAGCUGCCCACGUUGCAACAGACGGAUGCGAACGCCACCUCGGCUUCCGACGUCAAGCCUCGACUACCACCGGAGAGCCAACCACGAAACGUAUUCAUCGGCUUCGCCGCCAUCCUUCUCACUUUGCAGUUCCUCAUUCAGCUCCUUCUCAUCCCCCAAGGCCAGUUGCUGGGCCAGAUUUUGUUCGUCGCAACCCUCGCCGUAUCAUGGGCGUACAACACCUUCCUCUCCUCCAUCGAUCGCGAGGAUAUCCAGACAACCAUUCUCGUUGACGACAUCCUGAAGCUAGAGCAAGACCACAUCAAGAAGUUCGAGUUCGGCAAUUGGACCGCGAUGUCGGUGUUCGCAUGUCUCGCGCUGCAGCCCGAUGCCAACGAUCCCCUCCGCAAGCCGCGGAAACUCCUCGAUGGCCUCAUUCCUAACGAUACCGAGGUUUGGGAGUGUUGGAAGGCGAAGAUGGUCCAGAAGCUAUCGUCGAACGCGCCAUGGACUUUCACGAGUGCUGACUGGGAGCUAAAGGAACUCGACGAAGAGGAGCAGGAGCUGCUGGAGACUCUCCUGAAGGAUGCUGAGGUGGCAUACGGUGUGUGGUCGCGGUGGCGUGCAGGGAGGCGCUCUCCUACUCCUGCAACCGCUGUCAAUGCCUGAGUUUUCAUGUCGUUUUGUCGCUGUGCUUACGAACUUCACGCCUUGGAACGUUGCUCCGCUGUGUCAUCGUCAGGAUUAUUACAAUGUACAGUCAUAGAAUCGAACAACCCGCAGUCUUCCUCGUCAUCAUACUGUAGUACUACAGCUCAUACUCUGUUUACACGGACGUACUUCCCUCGUGGCAAUUCAUCCUAUCCGUGCCAGAUUC